UUUGGAUCUGUCUGUUCUCUCAGGUGUCAGUUUGUCAAGUCAGGGGACCUUUGGUUGCCUGAAGCAAAGGAUGAUUCUUGUGCUUUUGCUCCUCAUCUACACCUCCCAGCAUGCCCUGGCUCUGGUGGUGGAGAUGAAUGCAGGGGAAAUGUCUGUCCUCCUCCCCUGUCAGUUCUCAGGUUUUAUACCUGAUGACCCCAUAGUGAUGUGGACUCGCAAUGAUCUUGUGCCCAGAUCUGUCCAUGUACAACAAAAAGAAGGAGAUGACUUUAAAGGACAAAAUCAGCAUUACAGAGGGCGCACAUCAAUGAGGCCUGAUGCUUUGGACACUUCAGACUUCAGCCUCACUCUGAGAAAACCAGGAAUGACUGACAGCGGCAACUACACCUGCUCCAUCAGUGGUGGAAGAGGAGAACGGACACUGGAAGACGUAGAGCUGCAGAUCAAAGGUCAGGAAGAAAAAAGAAAAAAAACAACACCUGCUGUAAUUACACAUCAAAACCUAAUACUGUGCACAGAGGUCAGAGGUCAAAGUAAAACUUCAUGACAUACUUGAUGAACAGCUACAUUAAUCACAGACUUCAAGUGGAAAUCAAACACUAACUGUAUAAGAUGGUGCUACAUGUUUUAUAAAAGUAU